UUACCUGUUCUAAAAUCAGCGUAAACCACGGCCUCUUGGGGGCUUAUUGCUUAAAUCCACUCUUGCACAUUUAAUUUGAAUAGUUGUGUUUUCAUUUACUAUAUAAAAUAUUAAGAAGUGAAGAAUCUGACAGUAUCCAAGCUAAAAGUUUUAACUGUUUUGUCUUAAGACAGUCAGUAUUUGUAUUUAUAAUAACUGUAAUAAUAGGUAUCCGAUGUGCUGUGUUAAAUCGAAUCUAUAACUUCAGUGUUGAUAUCAGGACCUCGCGGAACUCAUGAACAGACUUUUAUUUUGAAAGAAUCGACAACUAUCUUGGAACUUCCGUGGCACUUCAUAUUGAGGAAAGGCUGAAGAGAGAAAAAGUGUCUCAAAGGACAGCAUGUAGAACGUAUAUUAAGGCGUUUUUUUCAAGGAAAAUAUAUGACCAAGAGCUAACGGAAGUCGGAAGGCAACUCUCAGACUCAAAAUAUUGAAAGAACCGGACCCUCACGCACAUGUUUUAUUUAGCAGAGAGCGCCACAUGGAGGCAGUUCUUAAAAACUUGGAAAGAAUCGCCGAGCUCCUCGCAGUUACACAGACCGACGGAGUAAAAGAAUGGGAUCAACAAACUGUUAACAGGGCCUUUCAGUGGAGUCGUUACUGUGAACACCUGUAUUCAAGGUUUCACACAAAUCCUGUCGUCAUGAAAAUGAUGGAAAAACAACUGCAGGUGACAAAUAACCGCUUACGAGCAGCCUUCCAAGGAGUCUACAGCGACGUCACAUUUGCUCGCUUGUCCCAGUGUCAACAAUUGUUGCUCACGACGUUGUUGAAAAAUCCCGCGCUUCCCAGUUCUUUAUUAAAAUUGCUAUUUGACACUUCCAGUUCUUGGAAGACUACUGGAAAUGACUGCCAGGAAGCCACUGGACAAUGUGUCCGUGUCAUUGAGUAUACAUCUGCAUGCAAAGUCCUCAGUGCUAUUGACAGCAGACAGACAGCCGUUGGUCCUGAGGCUGAGGUACAAGGCACGAUGCUUCUAGAGAGGCUCGAGACACUGCAUAACAUGGACAGCGACCUGGACAAGAGAGACGGAUUCCUGGACUCUGUCCUUAAAAACUGUGGCGAGCUUGACAAUCUCUCUGAGGUCAUCGCAGUUGCUCUGUUGUCAAGGAAAAACGACAUGGCUAAUAACUUUUCAGGAGUUUCAGAAGACAAGCUUGUAGACUGGUUGUUGCGAAACAAUAUGUUAUUUCACAAUAUGUGCUGUACAUUAUCCAUUAGACAGUUGAAAAAUAUUUCCCAGCAGUUUUUGAAAUUCAGGAUGGCCUACUGUAACAUUCUGAAAGAGUGGGCUUCCCAAAUGGAGUACGAUAUAAAUGAAGGAGAAUGGGUUCCAACAUUUGCCAAAGGGAUAACUUUCAAGACACUGAAGAACCAUUUUAGGUCAUUACAUGAAGAGUGGUCAUCACUGAAAGAGGAAAUGCUGGGAGAAUUGAAUGCACUGAAGGCUGCAGAUGGAGGUUUUGAUGUGAAAGGCCUCAGUAUAUGGGGGGACCUCAUCUAUGAAUUACAAUGAUUGUUUUUACUGUGCCACAGUUGAAUACCCCCUUUAUUCAUUUACCAGUCUUUGGGCCUUUCUAAAACAUUUAUAUUUACAUAGUCUACAGUCUUUAGUCUAUAGUCUCCUACUUUUCACUUAAUAUUCAUUACACAAAUUGUGUGUUUCUUCUGUACUGGCAGCAAUAUAGGAAGUAAGAAUCAACAAGCACAAUCAUGACAGAUGGUGGCAUCAUGUGUUGCCUAGGCAACUAACGAUGUACUUUGCUUUCCAGUAAAAUGUCCAGACUUGUUUCUUACCCCUCCCUUUAGGCACAGAUACUCAUUAUUUAAUUUGUUUCAAUCUGCAUUAAAGGAUUUUAGGAAUUAUUUUGAAAUCUUUCAAAGAUAAACUUCAAAUUCA